AUGUCUCAGUACCCCACCAAGCUUAGUCAACUGUCCAAUCUCAUCGAACAUGUCGCCGAGACAGCGGCCAAGGUUAUACCACGCAUAUCCGCCUAUAAGCCGGGCGUAGACGAGGCCUGUAUUCCUUUCAUCGACGACUUUGUCCUGUACGUCACCAUACGGUCUUACACCACCGUCCCGGAACUCAUGAUGAGCCUUAUAUAUCUAUCAUGGUUUCGAAAUCGCUUGCCUCCUUCUGUCACAGGCCGCUCGUCUACCCCUCAUCGGGUCUUCCUAGCUGCCUUGAUGCUGGCACACAAGGUCCACAACGAUGAUAGCGCAAACAACACUUGCUGGGCGGAUCUCAGUGUUAUUCCUGAAUGCAGUUUUGCCGGCUUCUCAAAAGUGGAGGUGAAUCUGAUGGAGAGGCAAUUCUUGGCAGGGCUCGAUUGGAACCUGCACAUCAAUGUCGACGUUCAGAGCUGGUUUGGGAUUGUGGGUGUUGUGUUUGCGUCGAUUGGUGGGCAAGCCCAACACAGGGUUUAUCGCACUGCUUUGCCUGCCUCACACCAAGCUAUCCUGAAGUACUCGCGAUGGAGCAAUCCCACGUGCUGCAACGUUCUGCCGUCGAAAACGAUGCCUUUGGUACACUUCACCACCAAGUAG